AUGACCGGACGUGCUAAUAAUCAGGAUUCAGUUCAAACUUUUGAUUCUGACGAUGAAAAUAACAUACUAAUUACUGAAGUAGUGGUGCCCAAAAAUCACGCCAACGCUCUGAAAAUAAUAACAAAAGGAGUAUCUGUUGGAG